ACAAAUGUUUUUUUUUUAGCUGAGUCAAACAAAUAGUGCAAAAUUGAAUUAAUUUGAUUAAAAGUGUAGUGCACUUUGUCACUUAGUAGGCCGCAAAGGUUUAUUUAUUCCAGCUACAAGCAAAAUUUUGUGCUUCAAACGUUUUAGCUAAAUAGACAAAUUUUUAAUUUCAAGAUGGUUUGCAUUCCGUGCUUUAUAAUUCCACUGCUCUUGUACAUUUGGCACAAGUUUGUGCAGCCAAUAAUGCUGCGCUACUGGAAUCCUUGGGCCAAAAAGGACGCUGAGGGCAAUGUAAUCAAACAGGAGCCACCACAGUCGCCCUUCGAGUGCGUUGGUGGCACUUGUCGCUUUGUGCGCGGUGGUGCAAAAGCUGCAGAGCCACCAACUGACGCCGCCGCUGCAGCAGAUGAGCCCGUCGAGGGUUCGCCGAAAACCUUGAAAAAGCAAAAUUAGUCAAAUUUAUGUAAAGCAUUCAACAUUUUUGUUUGUUUGUUGCUUUGGUUUUAUCUAUGACGCACAUGAUGACUAUGUCUUUGCUUUAGGCAAUAACUUUUGAGCCAAAGACGUAAAUAACUAUUUUAAGCAUAUACAUUUUAAACUGUAACAAUUUUUUUUUCAACGCUUGAAGCGUCAACUCUAAGCAAUGUGCACUGUAUAUCAAAGUAUUAGUUGUAAGCUGCAAUAAACUAUGUUUGCUUAUCUGUACAAAAAAACACAGCAAAUACAGUAUAGUCUCGAUAACUGAAACGGCAAACUAUAAAUUAUCUAAGAGCUACGCUACUUUCGUUAUUAG